AUGGUAAGAAACCCGUUUGUUGUCGAAGAGGAGGAACCGGCAUUCAUUCCUUCCCCUCAACGGGCAGCCACUAGAAAUAGUCAAUACAGUUAUAGUGCUGCUUCUUAUGAUGAUGACGCCAGCCGUUUUCAGGGCUUUCCUGGGGUAGAAAGUAACCCACCUUCUCCAUCCAAGGCUGCUGCUAGAUAUUCUCCUCAGAAAUUUAACAAACCUGUUGUUACUAGUGCUACUAAUUCACCAAUGCCAAGAAACAGAUACGAAGCAAAUUUACAAGAAUCCCCAAGAAGAAUGAACCAUGCUGUCAUUGAUGUUGAAAAUGAUGAUGGUGAGAGUUUAUAUGACAUGUACAACAGCCCAAGCAAGACAGGGCCAUUAUUUCCAAGACGUUCUUCUAUUGAAACCGAUUAUACUUAUGAGAGCAGGAAAACUAGUGGUGAGAGCACAGUAUAUUCUGGUGACACGUUUGAGGAAACUAAGUUUGAACUAAAUCAUCCGAAGACAAGGACAUACAAAAAACGUGGUCUCUCUGAAGUUAGGAGCCAUCCUCCAGCUUCAAAGCAGAGGAAAAUUUUGAAGCUUGAUAACCCAAUUCCAGCUGGCCUCAGGGAAAUUCUCCCUAGAAGAAACUCCCCAGAAUUUCUUGAAAUGAGAUACACUGCUUGUACAAGCGAUCCCGAUAAUUUCGUGGAGGACGGUUACAACUUAAGAAUGGCAGAGAUGGAUCGUGAGUGCCAAAUAGCUAUUUGUGUGACAAUGUACAAUGAAGAUAAAUAUGCUCUGGCUCGUACAUUGCACUCUAUUCAGCAGAAUGUUGCUCAUCUCUGUAAACGUCACAGGUCAAGUGUAUGGGGAGCUAAUGGCUGGAAGAGAGUUCAAAUUCUCAUCAUCAGUGAUGGUAGAUCCAAGAUCAACCAGGGUUCUCUUGAUUAUUUAGCCGCUAUUGGUCUUUACCAAGAGGACAUGGCCAAAUCUACCGUUAACGGUGAGCCAGUGAAGGCACAUAUUUUUGAACUUACUACCCAAGUUUCAAUUGACGAAAAUUUGGACUAUAAAAGUGAAGGAACAGUGCCAUGUCAAAUGGUCUUCUGUUUGAAAGAAGAGAACCAGAAAAAAAUUAAUUCUCAUCGUUGGUUGUUCAACGCAUUUUGUCCAAUAUUGGAUCCCACUGUUGUGACUUUAGUUGAUGUUGGAACAAAGUUAAAUAACACAGCGGUUUAUCAUUUAUGGAAGGUGUUUGACAUGGAUUCUAAUGUUGCAGGUGCAGCCGGUCAAAUUCAAACUAUGAAAGGGAAAUUCUAUAAAAAGUUAUUGAAUCCUCUUGUGGCUGCUCAAAAUUUUGAGUAUAAAAUGUCUAACAUUUUAGAUAAGCCAUUGGAGAGUGUUUUUGGUUAUAUAAGUGUGCUUCCAGGUGCACUUUCUGCAUACCGUUAUAGAGCAUUAAAAAAUAACGAUGAUGGUACAGGGCCACUAUAUUCUUACUUUUUGGGAGAAACUCAGGAGGGUAGAGAUCAUGAUGUUUUCACAGCUAAUAUGUAUCUAGCAGAAGAUAGAAUUCUCUGUUGGGAACUAAUUGCAAAAAGAGAUGCAGCUUGGGUUCUCAAGUAUGUUAAAGAAGCAACAGGUGAAACUGAUGUCCCAGAAGAACCACCAGAGUUCAUUUCUCAGAGAAGACGUUGGUUGAAUGGUGCUAUGUUUUCAGCUUUAUACGCCCAGUUGCAUUUCUAUCAAAUAUGGAAGACAAGACAUUCCAGGACAAGAAAAUUCUUCUUCCACAUAGAAUUUCUUUAUCAGUUAAUCCAGAUGUUAUUCUCAUGGUUUUCAAUUGCUAAUUUCUUCUUGACUUUCUAUUAUUUGGCAGGUUCAAUGAACACAGUUAUUCGUCAUGGUGACGUGUUAUUUACCUUUUUCAAAUACCUUCUAAUUUGUAACCUAUGUGCAUUAUUCAUCAUUUCGAUGGGUAACAGACCACAAGGUGCAAACCAUCUUUUCAUAACCUCUAUGGUUCUACUGACUAUUUGUUCUACUUAUGCUUUGGUUUGUGGGUUAGUGUUUUCGUUCAAAACACUAAAAAGUGGAUCCGAGAGUCAUAGUGCAUUUAUUGAUAUUGUUAUAUCACUUUUAUCAACAUAUGGAUUAUACGCCUUUACUUCGGUCCUUUACCUCGAUCCAUGGCACAUGGUUACAUCCUUUGCUCAAUACCUUUUAAUGUUACCAAGUUUCAUUUGUACCCUCCAGAUUUUUGCAUUCUGCAAUACCCAUGAUGUUUCCUGGGGUACAAAGGGCUCUACUGAGGCUGCUAAGCCAAUUCCUAGUGCCGAAGUGAUUCAAGGUCCUGAUGGUAUCACUAUUGUUACUGACCAAUGGCCUCAGGAUAUCGACAACAAAUAUGAAGAACUAAAAUCGAGAUUAAAGGAGGAUGAGAUUGUAGAAUCAAAGGUUGACUUGACUCAGAAGCAAAAUGACUAUUACCGUGAUAUAAGAACUAGAAUUGUCAUGGUAUGGAUGUUAUCGAAUUUGAUUUUGAUGAUGAUUAUAACGCAAAUCUACAAACCUGAAGAAACGAUCAAUAACGUUUACCUAAAAUUCAUUCUAUGGUCUGUUGCCGCUUUAGCUGCUUUCAGAGCGACAGGUUCGAUGUUAUUCCUUUUCUUACAGUACCUACGUAUGGUUGUAAGUUGGAAACACAAGGCUGAAGAUGGUGGUUCGCUAAACCUUCCAAGCUUCGGAAAGAUAUUCUCACAGAAAUGA